AAUCAGCAAAUAAUCUAAAUUAGUUCAAUAAUGUCUGUGUUUGCUUUAGUUGUCCACUGCAAAACAAAGCCAAACACGCACCUUUUACAAGAGAAAUCACAAAAUGUAAAAUGUUGCAGAAACUUUAAUCAAAGAUGAAUUAGAAAAAGACCACAUAAAUAUUUCUGGGGGGAAAAAAAUCAUCCCUCUUUAUCCAUCUGUUUAAGGUCUUGGAUGGAAUAAAACUAUGAAGUCUUUUAGAGCAGAUUUUGUUAAAUAUUUUAAAAGCAAUUAUUUGACAGGUUACAACGUUUAAGGUUAUUGCGUCAUAUUUCCGCGCCAUUCGGCUCUUCGCUGCUGAGGACGCAUCCAGCAUGGGGCACCUUGGAGGCUCAUUUCUGCUCAUCGCAUUGCUCAUUUUGCUUCAUAUUCGGGGUGCUGCAUCUCACUCUUUACCAGCCUGUAACCAGCAGCUGGAGUUUACAUGCAGUGAUGGAUCGUGUUUAUCGAAGCUGAAGUUGUGUGACGGCCACACAGACUGUGCUGAUGGAUCCGACGAGCACCACUGUGGCCACAGCAGGUGUGGGAAAGAUGAGUUCACCUGCCGCAGCCGACGCUGUAUAUCAUCAAAACUCUUCUGUAACGGUGUUGACGACUGUGGCGACGGGAGCGAUGAGGAUUCCUGUCACAGCUGCACCCCUGGGUCUUUCUCCUGCGGGCCGGGCGAGGCCUGUCUGCCCAGAAACAAGCUCUGUGAUGGGUGGGACGAUUGCAAAGACGGACGAGAUGAAGCCCGGGGCCUGUGCGGUUCAGUUCAGGCCUCUCCUCAGAAAUCUUCAGCUUGUGCAGCCUCAGAGUUUCAGUGUGGAGACGGAGCGUGCAUCCGGCAUGCGUGGAGGUGUGACCACUCCCCGGACUGCGCUGACGGCAGCGAUGAGGAAAACUGUGAUAUCAGCAAUCAGGAUGAAUGUCAGGAGAAUAACGGCGGCUGUUCCCAUUACUGUUUGGACCAGCCCAUUGGUUUCCUUUGCCGUUGCCCGGACAACAUGAAGCUGGUCGAAGACAGCCGCUGUGAAGAAGUCGAUGAGUGUCUGGAGAGGGACAUCUGUGACCAGCUGUGCGUCCACAGAAACGACAGCCUCACCUGUGAAUGUCAAGAGGGCUACCACAUGGACCCUCUGACCAAAGAGUGCAAGGCCGAGGGACGUGAAGCUCAGCUGGUUUUCAGCUCUUCAAAAGGAAUCCAAGUGAAAAACCUGAUUAACAAGGAGUAUUCGAUAUUUGUUCCACAUUCACCGGGACAUGGUCCAAUAGCAGUCCUGGCUUCCACCCAUAAUGUGUACUGGGCGGAACGGGGACGCGGCUCCAUAUACAGGAUGUCAGUAGCUGAAAAUGCAAAGGAAGCCGUGCUGAUGUUGAAAGUUCAAAGUUCAGUGUCUGGGCUUGCUGUGGAUUGGAUUCACCAACUUCUCUACUGGACCAACGUUGAGGCAGGCUCACUUAACGUGGCGCCGCUGGAUGGUUCGUUUCAACGUCAACUGAUCACCGGGCUCAACAAGCCCUCUGCGGUCGCUGUGGAUCCUCUCCAAGGCUUCCUCUUCUUGGCUCAGUGUGGCAGCGCUCCAGUGAUUGAGAGGGUCACUCAAGAUGGACGGACAAAACUUCCUCUGGUCACUUCUUUAAUCCGCCAGCCUGUUGCCCUUUCUCUUGACUUGCCUCGACGGUUGCUCUACUGGUUUGACCAGGGAAUGAGGAGCAUCUCCAGGAUAGAUCUCGAAGGCCGCCACCGUAAAACUGUGGUAGAAUCCAACGGCUACCUGGACCGGUUGUUUGGACUCGCAGUAUUUGAGGGAUCUUUAUAUUGGGGUGAUGAAGCUACACACUCCAUAUGUCGUGCCAACAAACACAAUGGCAAAAAUCUCCAGGUGAUGAUGUCAAACAUCACCGUAUCUGGCGGCUUGGUCAUCGCUCAUGAUGCUCAAAAUGCUGUAGAGCAUUUUGAGGUCUGUCUAAAACUAAAAAGCCAACGAUCAAAACUGAUCAAAAAAUUUGAUAAAAAUCUGCUAAGGCUAAGAAGCAAGGCUGGGAAAAAAAAGCACAAUUAUCCUUUUUCAAACAAAUAAAAACACAGGGUUUCCUUUUCACGUAAAGCCUGCGUGUCCAGCCCCAGUCUUCAAGCGUUGGGAUCCUGCCAGUUCCAGGUACCGUGUCUCUGCCCCGACAGCCGACUCAAACUGUCCAACACAAUCGCAGACAUUAUGACAUCUCCUCAGCAUCUCAUGAAGUUCAGCAGACGUCAUUAGAUUCAGGUGUGUUGAACCAGGGAACAAACUAAAGGUGCAUUCACACCUUCCCUGUUUAGUCCACUUUAGUCAAAUUCUGGUUCAUGUGCCUGUAUGGUCCAGCUCAUUUGGGGAGGUUUGAAUGAGUAAUCGAGCUCAGCGUGAACUCUGGUCUGCCUAAACACCUACGUCUCGGUGUGGUUGAAGUGAACUCUGGCGCAGUCCAAUUCAUACGAGUACCAAGCGAUCUGGAGAACACACUAAAAGCAGGAAGUGGACUGUUGCUGGCUAGCAAAAAAAUAAAUAAAUAAAUCUUAGAAUGUUUUUCGUUACAUUAGAAAGUUCACACGUCAAUGAACUUGUCUUGGAUGGACAUAAUGAGUCACUGUUGAGAAACUGUGUUUGAGAAACUUUAUAUGCUUCAGCUCUGCUGAGUAAUGUUUGUGCACUCAGAGGAGGUGGAUGACAUCAUGCAGAAACUUUACAUCAGCGUCUCAAAGAGUGCUCUGCCAGGUUGGCAGGUCCUGCAGUGACGCUUGUCUCCUGUGUGUCUCCCAGUGCUCCUCAGUAUGCUGCUGGUGGGGAUGGCUUGGUGGUGUUGGAGGGAAGAGUUUCGUCCCUCCAGGUCUUCCACAUUGCAGAACGUUUCUCUGAAAGAAUCCCAGAACCCACUCAUCGAUCAGGGGCCUCCCGUGGGCCCUAACACGACUUUAGUCAAGGAAACCCUUCUCAGACUGGAUUUGGACUCUGUGAAGCUGCAGCGCCAGAAGACAGCUGGCUGUGCCGCUCCUGCUGAUGUUUCAUCAUGGCAGUAAACAGACACUCCCAGACGUUCAUGCUGUCACUUCCCAGCAUCAUUCGGGUGUCAACAUCGUUGAAGUAAUGACAUGAAAUUCAGAGGUCUGGGAGUUGUGGUGACCCGCCAUCAUUGCUUGGUUCCCUCAGUUUGAAGGGUAAUAACUUUAAAUUAAAUCCUUUUGGGUUUCUGCUGUUGAUGUUUGUGAUUCGCUCCCAGAGCCUUUGUGCACAAAUGCUCAAGAGAAUAUCAAAUUAUUAGCUAGGCGACAUAUUUAUUAGGUUAAGAGUUGCGACCUGAGACUCUUUGACAUGUAGUACAAAUAGGAACUGUUCAAACUCAUAAUUAAAGUAACUGGGUACCUGAAUGUUAGAAUGGACCACAGUUUUCUCGGAUCAGAUUUUCUAUUAUAUUGUCUGAAGAUGUUGAAUUGCUGAGGUGUUGAAUUGCUUGAGUGGGUUUGGUCGAGUUGUUUUUGUUUUUCAGAGAGUUAAAGAACAGUACAUGCAAUAUAUUUAAGUGCACUUUGUUCCUGGGUAUUUAAUAGGAUUAUAAGUACUAAAGAGUACAUUGGGAGGUAACUUAAUAGUAUUCUUGAAUAAAACAACUGUUCUUCUGGUUUGCUCUUAUUACCAUCAGCUCUGUGGAUGUACUGUGAUCUGACCUACCUGCUGCCCAAUGAGUACUUGAAUCAUUUAAAAUGUGCAUUAUUGUUUUAUGUUCUGAAGACAAAAUGCUUGAAUUAAAUCUAAACUGUCAAAAGGUAGAAAAAAAAGCCCCUAAUUUCAUUGAGUCUAAUCAAAUAUUGUCACAUUCCUUUUUUUCCCUGUUAUUGAGUUGAGAUUUUGGUUUUCUGAUCACAUUAAAACUCUAAUGAGCUUAAACUUCAAGUGGCUGUUCUCUCUUCACAUAAGAUGCCACCAAAAUCCAGAAUCUGUCUGGAUUUAUUCUCCCUGAAGGCUGAAAGGAAAUAUUCCCGCAUUACAGUACAGUUUCAUGUAAAACGGCAGGAUUUAAUUUUAUCUGCCUGCAGUGCCUUGUGAAAGUGCUUGUAUCAUUUGAUCCCUAAACACACAAUGCAAAAAAUAAGGAAAUAAUGGUUUUCUACUUAAAAAUCUGAAGUGUAUGACAUGCUUAUAUAUUCAACCCCUUUAGUCUGGUGCUCUUAAAUACAAAUUAAAUCCACCUGUAUGUAAAAUACAGCUGUUCUGUUAGACCUGAAGUUGUACCUCAAUAUCCUUUAGGUAUAUCUUUACAAGUUUUGCACAGACUCCCAACUGAAUUUCGUUCUGGACUUUGAUUAGACCAUUUUGACACAUAAAUAUGCUUUGAUCUCCUCCCAGUCUGCAGUCUUCUGGAAUCGCUACAGGUUUUCUUAACCAUUUCAUCAAUACCAGUUACUAAUUGUAUGAUUUAUAAAAUAUGUAGCGGUAUCGGAGUACAGGGGAUGAAUAUGAAUGCUUAAAAAAAAAAAGCACAGAAAACCGUACAUUAUGUUCCCUCCUCUUCAUGUAAAAUCCAUGUUUUUGGUUAUAAUGUUUGUGUUUUUAUUGAGAUCAAAUUUGGAACCCUUUUAAGGGGUUUGAUUAUUUGUUCAAGCAACUGUAAAAGUAUUAUUUUCUCCUGAUUAUUUUUCUAAUGCUUUGUUUAAUUGUGCCAUGAACAUUUUACCAACUGUUCUUCGGAACGGGUAAAUAAUGGCACAGUCACAGUUUUGUUUUGUGUAAAUAGCUGGGGUAAAACGAUGAGCGUUUCUUUGACUGAUAGUUUGCUUUCUCAGCUCUUAUCCUGAAAUGGGAUCACAAGUUUUUUUUUUUGUUUUUUUUUAACAUUUCUGUGUUUGAACACCUGACAAUUUGCUUAAGUCUUUUACUUUUGUGAAAAUCUCAUACAGAUGUAGACGCCUUCAGGGCAGAUGGUUAAGAGGUAACGCUGUAACUGUACUUCUGUGUUCUACGGUUGGUAUUUAUAUUUAAGGAAAGGUUUAUUUAUUUUGGGUGGAAUUUCACAUGUUGUAAACGUUUAUUUGUACUUGGUACAACACUGUUGAUGCUGUAGAUGAACCCAAUAAAUUAAUGUUUUGAGUCUAAUCAGUUAUUUC